GCCCCCCGGAAGAUCACCUGUAUUCUGUUGAACUAACAGUUCUUCAGCUCGUAGCGACUAAUGCUACUCUUUGUUAACGAAAGUGGUGAGUAAUCUUGCUCUAAAAACAAGACCUGUCUCGUUAAAUGAGCCUUAUCCCGACCCGGCGCCCGCCCGCUCGCACAGCCGACACUUCGCCUCGCAGGACGAACUUAUUUCGCGGUGAAGUAACGCGUUGUUAGCCGGGGAGAGAGAGAGAGAGAGGAUGUCUCUGCACGGCAAAAGAAAAGAGAUCUACAAAUACGAGGCGCCAUGGACGGUGUAUGCCAUGAACUGGAGCGUCCGUCCAGACAAACGCUUUCGGCUGGCACUGGGCAGCUUUGUGGAGGAAUACAACAACAAGGUGCAGCUGGUGGGUCUGGAAGAGGAGAGCUCGGAGUUCGUCUGCAGGAACACGUUUGACCACCCGUACCCCACCACCAAGAUCAUGUGGAUUCCUGAUACUAAAGGGGUGUACCCGGACCUGCUGGCUACCAGUGGGGACUACCUGCGCAUCUGGAGGGUCAGCGACACAGAAACGCGCCUCGAGUGUUUGCUGAACAACAACAAGAACUCAGACUUCUGCGCACCCCUCACCUCCUUCGACUGGAACGAGGUCGACCCCAACCUGCUGGGCACAUCCAGCAUUGACACCACCUGCACUAUCUGGGGGCUGGAGACCGGUCAGGUGUUAGGACGCGUUAACCUGGUGUCUGGACACGUGAAGACCCAGCUGAUAGCCCAUGACAAAGAGGUGUAUGACAUUGCGUUCAGCCGUGCCGGAGGUGGAAGAGAUAUGUUUGCGUCUGUGGGAGCCGAUGGAUCCGUCCGCAUGUUCGACCUCCGGCACCUGGAGCACAGCACCAUCAUCUAUGAAGACCCCCAGCACCACCCGCUGCUCCGCCUCUGCUGGAACAAGCAGGACCCCAACUACUUGGCCACAAUGGCGAUGGACGGCAUGGAGGUGGUCAUCCUGGACGUACGUGUUCCUUGCACUCCGGUGGCUCGGCUGAAUAAUCACCGCGCCUGCGUCAACGGCAUCGCCUGGGCCCCUCACUCCUCGUGUCACAUCUGCACUGCAGCCGACGACCACCAGGCUCUGAUCUGGGACAUCCAGCAGAUGCCACGGGCCAUUGAGGAUCCCAUCCUGGCCUACACUGCUGAAGGGGAGAUCAACAACGUGCAGUGGGCCUCCACGCAGCCGGACUGGAUCGCCAUCUGCUACAACAACUGCCUGGAGAUCCUGCGUGUCUGAAGCCACGGACACUUAGAUAAAGAAGAGAAGGAGUGUUGUUUCAGAUUUGGACUUAACGUUUGUCCCUUAGUCCACUGCUUUCAAGACGGGGAUGAAGUCACGACUGAACUUUGUGAAAGUGUUUUGGAGUAUCACACACACCUACUCUACAUUACCCUGGUUUACAUUUUCUUCCAUCGUUCUUCUAUUAAACGUGUUUAAGCGCUUAUUUAUUUUGCUCACAAGGUAGUGUUUUCCGCACAGCUGCUGUAAGAAGCUUUGAACUUGAAGCAGUUGUCUACGAAUAUCCGAUUUUUAUACUUCUUGGUGUGAUGUCAGCCAGCUGUGAGAUUAUCCUGAAGGGUUUAGAUGUUUUGUGUUUCUUCUGUUCGAUUUAAGGUUGAUACGAACUAGUGUAGGCAGCAGAAGAUGACCUCUCUAAUACUUAGGAAUAUGUCGUAGCCUUCUCGUGGACUCAAAGAUUCAAAGAUCAUUACUUUAUAGUCUUGUUUACCCCUGUGGCAACUUAAGCUGUUCAAUUUUUCAAAUGGGUGUGCGUCCAGUAUCCUCUCUCCAAAUGAUUGUAGUAUCGAGGCUCGAACUUGUGACCCCGUACAUUUUUUUUUAAAUUGUAACAUAACCCGAGGGAUUCAUAUUGUCACUGCAGUGGUGUCUCCCAUCAUAUGGUGUGUUUUAGUUUUUUUUCUGGUGAUGCUGUGAGGCAGCCAUGUACAGCAGCACUCUGAACCUACCAGAACAAUAUUCAACGUUCAGCCUUUUUAACUUCCUACUUAUUCUUUUCUUCUUCCUCUUCUUCUUUCUUUGUAGAAAAGCUUGAAAAGCUGCAUUUUCUUUGUGGAAGAGUGAGUUGUGAAAUGGGAGGAGAAUGAAACAACUUUCUGACUGUCUGCCUCUCUCUUUUUUUUUUUGGUUGUUUUUCAAUAAUUAAAGGGUCAUGUCCUUGUAGCAUGCCAUUACAAGGCAAAAUGUACAUACAUAUAAAUAUAUCAACUUGAGAUGUUGGUAAGCCAAGUGUUCAUGUUGUAGCUUUUUCAUAAAGUUUAUUAUUGAAUUUGCUCUAAUAAAUUGUAUUCCUCCAUGUCCUAG